AUGAGUGAGAUGUCGGCAUUCGGGAAUACCGCCACGACUGCAAUCUUCUCGGUCAUCAUAUCGGUUGCUAUUCUCAUUCUGAUAGGCCUGGCAUUUUUCAGCUACAAGCACUCAUUCAGAUCAAUGUUUGGAGUUUACGACCCUAUUUUCAGAACUACCACCCGACACACUUACAUGCUUGAAACGGAUAUGUCAGCAAGGCUCUUCCAGCCCUAUGUCUUUUACCAGGGAACUAGUUACUACAUAUUUGGUAACCAAAUGAUACACAUGCGAACUACACGGGCACAAAAAAUUGAAACUUUGACUAAUUCCCAACUUGCAGAAUUUUUUCCUCUAAAAUCUUAUACUGCAUGGCUGAACGGUGGCAAGGAAGAGGCUCAAAAUAACAAUAUUGGCAAAUUAGGAUACAGAGAGCACUUUGAAUCGGUUGAAGAUGUUUCUAGGAAUGCCAAUAAAAAUAAUGUUGAGAUGACUUCAGAACUUACUAGCGAGCCUUCUGCUACCAAAGCGAGAAUUGAAAUGAGCACAGUGAACAUGGUAAUGGAAGAGCAAGAUAUAACUGAUAUGCUACCAGAUAAACUGGAUUACACAAUUGCUGCUGCGACUAUCCCUAGCCAACAAGACCAAGAGCCUGCUGAAAGCGCUGAAAAGCAUUUUACCUCUGGAAUUUGUGCUAUCUGUCUUGACUCCUUGGAAGACGAUGAUAGUGUCAGAGGAUUAAUGUGUGGUCACGUCUUCCAUCAGAUUUGCAUUGACCCUUGGUUAACUACUAGAAGAGCAUGCUGCCCAACUUGCAAGCGAGACUUGUACAUUGAGAUUCAGAAUUCUUCUGAAGCGUCUGCUGAAGACGCCAAUGUUGAAACCGUUGAUGAUAAUGCCAAUGAAGUUAGUAGUGUUCGCCAGAAUAGAUUUACCUUCAAUUUGAAUGAUAUCAUAAACCUUCCGACAGGAGAACCAGGCGAAGCAGGAAUAGACGAACUUUUUAACAUUGACCCCGAUAAUUGUUAUUCAUUUUUCCUUAUCCUGAUUCUAACAAGGCUAAAGGCUCAAAUAUUACUUACUGCGUUACUUUACGUUAGAAAUAACAAUUACUCUUUGGAGGAUGCAAACUAUGAUGAAGAGAAUGAAUCUCUCGAUAACAAUAUAGAGCUAGAUAUCCAUCCCAACUCGCAACUCAAUGCAAUUCUAUAUUCUGAUCAGAUCACCUCGAGAUUUUUCCAAAAAAAUGAUACGGACUCUUUCAAAACACCACCGAUUCCUGAUCUCAAUGAAUUGAAUCCUCAAAUAAAACGUAUCGUUGAGCACCACCCUCGUCCUUUUUAUCCUACUGAUUUAGCUAAUUUAGAUUAUGACGCUUGGAAACAAACGAAAAAGAUGACCCGGGGCAUUAAGAGAUUUUAUUUUUAUGUCAUUGGAGUUUCACAACUGCAACUAUAUUACUACAACGUCCUCACGAUAUAUGACAAAAAUCGUCGUGCACGUCUACACGUUAACGAUGCAUGA